CGUCCAGCAGCUGAUCGGUAAUCCAGAAGAAGUUUCCCCUCAGUUAGGGGGGAGCUCCACUUUGAAGCAGGAGACUCCACAACCACCCUGCAUUAAAAAGGAAGAGGAGGAACUCUGCAUCACUCAGAAGGGAGAGUGUCUUCUAGGACGAGAGGAAGCUGAUUACACCAAGUUUCCACUGAGUAUUCUCUCUGUGAAGACUGAAGAUGAUGAAGAGAAACAACAAGUAGACAACCUCUUAGCUCCACUAUCAGAUAGUGAGGAUGAAGACGAGGUUGAAGAACCUUUGAGCAGCGAUAAAGACUGUAAAGGUGAUAUGAGGACUCACACUGACAACAAACACUGCUCUUCAAAGAAGAGAGGUAAAAAAUGUUUGAGCUGUUCAGUUUGUGCUGAAAGUUUUACUAAAAAAAGCCAUUUGACUCAACACAUGAGAACACACACAGGGGAAAAAACAUUUAAUUGUUCAGUUUGUGGCAACAGCUUUUCUCAAAAUAGCUCUUUGACUCAACACAUGAGAAAACACACAGGAGAAAAACCAUUUAAUUGUUCAGUGUGUGGCGAAAGCUUUUCUCAAAAUGGCAAUUUGACUCGACACAUGAGAACACACACAGGUGAAAAACCAUUUAAUUGUUCAGUUUGUGGCAACCGCUUUUCUCAAAAUAGCUCUUUGACUCAACACAUGAGAACACACACAGGACAAAAACCAUGUAAUUGUUCAGUUUGUGGCAAAAGCUUUUCUGGAAAUGGCAAUUUGACUCGACACAUGAGAACACACACAGGUGAAAAACCAUUUAAUUGUUCAGUUUGUGGCAACAGCUUUUCUCAAAACAGCUCUUUGACUCAACACAUGAGAACACACACAGGAGAAAAACCAUGUAAUUGUUCAGUUUGUGGCGAAAGCUUUUCUCGAAAUGGCAAUUUGACUCGACACAUGAGAACUCACACAGGUGAAAAACCAUUUAAUUGUUCAGUUUGUGGCAACAGCUUUUCUCAAAAUAACUCUUUGACUCAACACAUGAGAACACACACAGGAGAAAAACCAUGUAAUUGUUCAGUUUGUGGCGAAAGCUUUUCUCGAAAUAGCAAUUUGACUAAACACAUGAGAACACACACAGGAGAAAAAACAUUUCAUUGUUCAGUUUGUGGCAACAGCUUUUCUCAAAAUUGCUCUUUGACUAAACACAUGAGAACACACACAGGAGAAAAAACUUUUAACUGUUCAGUUUGUGGCAAAAGCUUUCCUCAAAACAGCUCUUUGUGUCGACACAUGAGAACACACGCUGGAGGAAAACCAUUUAGUUGUUCAGUGUGCUGUAAAAGGUUCCAGCAUAAUGCAGACGCUGUGAAACACAUAAGAACACACACGGGAAAAUAACCAAUUAGCUGUUUAGUUUGUGGUAUGUUGCUCAUAUGUGGCGACAUCCACCCUACCCAGGACCUCCUCACUGCUUCUUUCACAAAUAUCUGAGGUAUUUAUACAAACUUGGAUUAUUUGGAGCAUAAUUUAUCCACUCAUGACCCCAUGUCUUCUCUGUAUCUGAAACCUUCCUGAACAGUAAGAUAGAUGAUGCUUCAAAUGCUUGGUUACACCCUCUUCUGUCCAGGGA